AUGGAAAAACGGACGUGUGCCCUCUGCCCAAAAGGCCAUGACUGGAGUGUGAUAUACUUUACACCAUCAGUGAAUAUAGCUGCCCAUGAAAAUUGUUUGGCAACUUACUUAACGGCAGCGUCAGGAACAGCCACACCGCAGAUGGGCACCGUGGCUAGCGGAGCAGUGCAGAAGAUGGCGGCUGCGACGGUCUCGCCCAUGAACAGCAGAGGCCCGAGGCUCCCGAGCAAAGGCCAUGACAGUCCCUUGGUGACAGCUGGCAGUCAAGUCCUGGAGCCCAGCGGGGAGCCCAGCGGUGAAUACUUGGGGGAGAAGGGAAGCUCUUCUUUCCCCAGUGUUGCCGCUCAGAAUAAACAGCCAGUCUCAGAUGAUGGUUAUUUUGCCAAAAAUAUGCUCCAAAAACAAGAAGAGACCAUUCAAAGUGCCAACAAAGAUGAAUUCAGUAGAUACAAAAGACACAUGACGGAAAAACCCCUCAGCCAUACAGUAAUAAGGAGUAAAGCCUAUGAACAUGAAGAAAGGCAGAGGCACCUGAAGCAGCAGCUUGAGGUACUUGGAGACUUAAAACAAAUCUUGUGCUCACUUCAAGAAAAUGUAGACCAGGACCACUUGAGUUCUACUUCAAGAUCCUUGGAGGACAACCAGUUCAAGUGCCAGGAGUCUGCUGAGAUGCAAACAGGCUCAGCAGACAGCCUGUGA